CAAAUUUGGAAAACGAAUCGGUUUUCGGUGUUACCCCUCUCAGACCGACCGACGCAGGAGUUGUUCGGUAGGUUUUCACAGUUCAGUUUUCUUUUCACCUUCUCCUUGCGCGGCUCACUCUGUGAACGGUUUCUGUCACUCUCUACGUGCUCCUCGACGCCGGUCUCUGGAAACGGCGUCGCCGUUUCUCACCCUCUCUGCACCGCCAUAGGUCACUGUCGAUUCUCCUCGCCCUUGACUCUCUCUCGCGUAGCGGAACUUCUCCGGCGAUUCACUUGCUGGCUGCAAGCUUCCAAAGUAUCCAGCGACUCUCCGAUGUCUUCUCCGGCAAGGAAUCAGAAAGAGUCAAGCAAGUGGCAACGAAAUUCAUCGAGGUUUCAAGACAAUCUUUAUAGGAGUGAAUAUGUUACCUAUCACAAAGUUUAUGCGGUGAGACUAUGGGGUGUCUCUUGGCAAUUGUUGCAGCAAUCAUAUGGAGAAUAGGGUUUCACUUUCUCAAAGUCAUUUUGAGAACAACGGGGCUGGUGAUUCUAAUAGAGAACAGAGUUCGAAGCGGAGAAAGAUACUUGAGCAGAAAAAAGUCAUCGAUCAACUCAUUGAUGUUGCUUGCGCUCAAAAGGACCAUCUUUCACCUUUUCCGUCCUUUCGCCACUUCAACUGCGGUGGUCUAUCUUUAUACCUUCAAUCAGGCCACGGUGAUAAACUUUCUUAUUCUGUGAAGAAAUACAUUCAAAAUCUCCUCAAGAUCAAUAUGGAGGGGCCAUAUGGAUCCCAGUGGCCAAUGGAAGAGAAGGUGAAGCAUAGGGAAAUGGUUUCAACACAAGCACAUUAUAUAUUUGUGCAUGAGGCUUCAAAUGCUAAUGUGAAUGGGAUGUUUUCAAAAUCAGAUGCGGAGAAGACAACUACUGCUCUAAAUAAAAAGGAUCCCAUGGUUGCAUUCGUACACUUUCGAUUUAUUAUCGAAGAGAUGAUACCUGUGCUAUAUGUGUAUGAACUGCAGAUUGAGCCUCGUUUCCAAGGGAGAGGGUUGGGGACUUUCUUAAUGGAGUUAAUUGAGCUUAUUGCUUGCAAGAACUGCAUGGGCGCGGUGGUUUUCACUGUUCAAAAAGCUAACUCCAAAGCUUUGAAUUUCUACCAAAGCAAGCUGCGAUAUACCAUUUCAUCUAUUUCACCCUCACGCGUCAAUUUAUUGAUGACAAUAGAAACGAGCUAUGAAAUUCUUUGCAAGGCAUUUAAUGAAGAAGCUAAAGCUGUUUUGGAGAGGUGUUAGAGAGGCGAUGGAUCCACGACAUUGUUUUACUAAGUGUUGGAGUAAGGAAUUGAUGGUUGUUUUGUUCGUGUUCUCUUAGAUGCACACUUUUUCUGUUUUUAGUUUAACAAUUUUUAUGUGAUUACAAAUUAUUUGUAGAAAGGCAUGUAAUUGGAUAAGAUUUUUUUGGCAUCUAAGGCAUUACGGUAAAAAGGUGUUGGGAGGUGACAGAUCCACAACAUUGUUAACAAUUUAGGAAGUAUUAAGGAAAUGGUUGUUGUUUUGUUCGUGUUGUUAGAUGUAAACUUUUCUAUGAGUAGUUUAACCAUUUUUAUCUGAUUAGAGAUUCUUUGUAGAAAGGCGAGAUAAGAUUUUCUGACAUUCAAGGCAUCAUGGCAAAAAAAGUUCUUUGACGAUUAUACUUCCUUCUCUUCGUUACACCCAAAGUGAAAUUUCACUUGCGAUUAUGCUUCUCUCAACGCAUAUACAUUAAGGUUGUUUUUGCUUCAAGUGGGAGAGAAAAUGAGGUUAUAAGAAGAAAAAGAAGAAGAAGAAGAAGAAGAAAGAGAAAGAGAGACGAAGACAAUGAAAAAGCAUGACAAAGGCAAAAAAAAAAAAAAAAAAAAAAACUAACUGGUUGUUGAGAAUAGAAUGCAUAUGAGAAAAUCUUCACAAGAUAAGCCUGAGGUAGAGAAUGAAUGACCAAGAAGUAAAUUGAAACCCACACCUACUGUUGUUGAUUUGGAAAUGGUAAAAAAGAAAAAAAAAAUCUCCAAGAAAGAAACAAAAUACAUACACUUAUUGAAACACCUAGUUUUGAUUUGAAUAUUCACCAUUGAAAUGAGACCAUUUUCUCUUGAAAAGUUUGUAGGCUUUGGUGUUGGAUUUUAUGUUUUGUGUUGGUUUUUUUUAUUGAUAACGUGUUGAACAAUACUUUGUCAUAAUGUUAGACUUUGAUAUUAGCACAAA